UCUACAAAAAAAUUUUUUUUUGAUUUUUCGUUUUUCUGGUUUUUCUGGUCUUUUCGUUUUUCUGGUUGUCUCCUCUACUUUUAGAAAUGUCGAUUUCAAUUUUUCUUGGGUUGUCCCUUUUUUAACUGAUAAAUACGAUUCGGAUUGAGCUAUUAUUGUUUGGGGCUCCUCUAUAAAAAUUUUUUUUUCAAUUUAGAAUGCAAGAUGCUUUAUACAAACACUUACAAUUACGUAAACAUUUAUCUUCAAAACCUUCAAUAACUUUUGAAGAAAAAUGGUUAUUAAGAAAAAGUGAAGCACAUUUAAAUGCUCUGAAAAGGGAAUGGGAUUUUUAUUCAACUGGAAUUUGUUCUGACAUGGUAUUCUUAUUUAAAAAAAUUUUUUUUAAUUUUCUAAAGGUUUUACAUUCAAUUUUACUUGUUUUGGCCUGUCAACAUGUUCGUUUUCACUGUUCUUUAAAUUUUUUGGAGGAACGAUUGGCUUAUACAUUUAAAAAUCGUUCUCUUUUGGAACUUGCAUUAAUUCACCCUUCAUUUCGUGCAAAUUAUGGAACAAAUUCUGAUCAUGCAAAAAAUGUUUUGAAUAAUUGUGGUUUAAGAAUUGGAUUAACUACUGCAACAACAACAGCAACUUCAAAAUCUCCAUUAAUUCCUUCUCCACAAAAUUUAAUUUCUUCCUCUUCACCAUCAAAAAAUUCAACAGAAAAUUCUUUAGAAUUAUUAACUAAACAACAAUUAAUUCAAAAAACUGGUAGAAGGAGAGGAAUUAAUGUUUUAAUGGAAAUUAUGUCUAUGCAACGUUCUUCAAGUAAUAAAAAUGAGAAUAAUAAAAUGAAAGAAAAUAAUGGAGGUGAUGGAAGAAUUGUUAAUCGUAUUAAUGAAUCUAUUAUUAAACAUAAUGAAAGAUUAGAAUUUCUUGGAGAUGCUGUUGUUGAAUUUUUAACAACUAUACAUUUAUUUUUCUUAUUUACUGAAUUGGAUGAAGGUGGUCUAGCUACAUUUCGAUCUGCUUUAGUUCAAAAUCGUCAUUUAGCAACUCUUGGGGAUCGUUUAGGUUUACAACAUUUUAUGGUUUAUGCACACGGUCCCGAUUUGUGCCAUUCUGCAGAUUUACGUCAUGCAAUGGCUAAUACUUUUGAGGCUUUAAUGGCUGCCGUUUUUCUUGAUUCUGGUCUUGAACAAUGUGAUAAAAUCUUUGCAAAUGCAUUAUUUAUUAAUGAAUCAAAUUUACUUCAAAUUUGGACAAAUUUACCUGAACAUCCUUUAAAAAAAGACACUCCUUAUGGUGAUAGACAUUUAAUUUCUUCUGUGCCUUGUCUUAAAUUACUUGUUGAAUUUGAACGUUGUAUUGGAAUAACAUUUAAACAUAUUAGAUUACUUGCUAAAGCUUUUACUAGAAGAAAUGUUCCUUACAAUUUUUUGACUCUUGGACAUAAUCAACGUUUAGAAUUUUUGGGUGAUACUAUUUUACAGUUGUUAACAAGUGAAUACCUUUACAAACAAUUUCCAUACCACCAAGAAGGACAUUUAUCACUUUUACGAACUUGUUUAGUUCAAGCAACUACUCAAGCUGUUGUUUGUGAUGAUUUAGCGAUGGUUAAAUAUUUGGUUAUUCCACAGGCUUUAUUAAGAAAAUGCCCUCAACCAAAUCUUCGAACUAAAGACAAGGCUGAUUUGGUAGAAGCAUUUUUGGGUGCUCUUUAUGUAGAUAGAGGUUUAUUAUAUUGUCGUCAUUUUUGUCGUGUUUGCUUUUUUCCAGGAUUAAAGGUUUCCUUGUUAUCACAAAAAUUAAAAAAAAUUUUUUUUUUCAAGUAUUUUAUUCUAAGUCAACGUUGGAAUGACCCAAAAUCCCAAUUACAACAGUCCUGUUUAACCCUUAGAAAUUUUGCCUCGUCAGAACCUGAUAUUCCAGAAUACAAAACUAUUGGAAUUGAAGGACCUACAAAUACAAGAAUAUAUAGAGUAGCUGUCUAUUUUAGAAAUAAACGAUUAGCGGUCGGUACUGGUGCAAGUAUGCAUCUUGCACAAAUGAAGGCUGCAGAAAAUGCUUUAAUUGAAAAUUCAAAUUUAUUUAAAUCAAAUGGAUAUAUUAGCGAUAAUAAAAAUAUUUUUGAAAAUAAAUCAAGUUGUGGAGGUGGAGGCGGAAAUCAAAUUGAAAAUUAUAUAACAAGCUUAAAUAAGAAUAAUUCUUCUACUCCUCUCAAUUUUGUAAAUAAUCGAAAAAGACGUUUACCACCUUCAUUUCAACAACAACAAUUUACAGCAUCACCAACAUGUCAUCAAUAUUUUAAUAAUAAUAAUAAACUUCAAUUUUUUAAUACUUCAACAAUUCCAAAACCUUUUAAUAAUAAUAAAAAUAAUUUUUUGACAAAUAAUAAUAAACAAAUAUUAAUAAUGCCGUCACAAACAACAACGACAGCAACAGCGCCUUCAAGUAGUAUUUUCUUUCCUUCACCACCGCUUUUAAAUGUUUAUUCGAAUGGACAACAUCAAAAAAGACCUCAACACCAACAACAAAAUCCUUCUCCUCCUCCUCCCACUUCUUUUCUUCUUUUACCUCCACCACCUCCACCAACAUUUUUAUCACCACCUCCCUCUAAAAUUUGUAUUAUGGCAGCUAAUAAUAAUAAUAAUAAUAAUGUGGAUAUGAAUGAAGAGAAGGAAGAAGAUUCUUCUUUUGCUUCUUUGCUUCCCCCGCCACCUCCUCCACCCAAAAUUCUUUAA